AUGUCACCAGCACCGUCUUUGGCCAGACGACUACGAUCAGAGGAUUCUUGGGUAGAGAUAUCCUCGCAGCCUUCCUCUUCGUCCCUUUCUUCUGCUGGCGGAGACAACGAGAUUGUCACUACGGGACUCCAGAUCCGCCAUGACUCGAAUCUUCAUCGACAGCAUCGUCGAAGGCGGUUGCACCCUGGAUUGGCUGGAGGUAUACGGCUAGCUGGACGACCAUCAAGCGCCGCAGGAAGCAGCCAAGACGAAUACGAUGAGAGCGAGAGCGAAUCCGACCGGGUCCUGAGCAGUUCAAACGAGGACAUAACAACCAGAAACAUGCUUGGCCAAGGUCUGCCCGAAGCCGAUGAGGUUGAGGACGAUGAUUCAACUGCACUUGGUACUAGAACCACGAUUCCAGGAGAAAAGAUAUUUACACCACAGCCCAAUGCAUUUUCACAUCCCCCAUCAUCACAGACAAGCCGACAUGGUACUGGCUCGAGACCAGCGUCGGGCUCGUACUUUCCUCCAACUUCUUCUUCUACCGCUCCGGCAGGAACUCGACUACCAUCGAAUCAGGUCAUCACUCCUCGGAACAUUCACCAAUCCCGUGCUCGUCUACAACCACCACAGACACCUGGCUCGACCGGUCCAUGCCAUGUCACCGGCCCCUCACACAGUUAUCAACCGGACCACGAUGCGGCCCUUCGUGCCAGUCUAUCUACACUUCUAUCUUGUGCUGCGGCAGUUCGUGGUUCACCGAAGCAGCAAGAUUCAUCAUCACGAGCCGAGAUCCGCCACUACAGCGAGCCUACAGCAUUACGACUCGUUCACGAGUCAGAGCUAUUUGGCCCCAACAAUAACCAAGGGCAAGCAGCACUUCCGACUCGGAAACCUCGCGCAAACAGCUCACCCUCUUCUACCAGCUUUUCAUCCAAGCCCCUGGCGAAACGGAAAGCAAGAGAAUCUUCCAAGGAUCGACAUGCAAAGAAAUCACGAGCUACCAAGACUGUCGCAGGCAGUAUGGAUGAUGUUGUGAUCUCUCCAGUAUUGAUGAGUUGGAUGAUUUCGGCUGGAGUGGUUCUUGUUUUUUCAGCUAUCUCUUUCUCCGUCGGCUAUGCAUGGGGCAAAGAGGUCGGCAGGUUUGAAGGAAGUAUGAGUGUUGGUGGAGAAGGUGCUAGCUGUGGAAAAGAAGCGAUGCGGGGCACUACUGGGGGACUGAGAAGACUGAGAUGGGGCACCGCCAGCUCAAGCGUUCGAGCUUAA